CAAUAAAAUCUACGCGAGUGCGAGUGUGUGUUUGUCAAAAUUCUUGUAACGUGAUUGGCUGCAAAAAAGAGUCAAAAUACAUUAGAAUAUUUAAAAAUUAUUUAUCUUAAUUUCACUGAAGAAAAGAAAGUACAGAAUAACGAUUAAUUUUUUUGAAAUUUGUCGUACUAAAAUAGUGUAUAUGGUGAUUUUUAAUUAUAAAAUCGUGAAAAUGUAGUUUUAGGAACGCGUUUCCGUUGUCUGCUGGGUUUGUGUCAUGGCUGCCAUUGCUGGUGUAGUUAAGACCGCUGGAGAAUAUAAAGAUUCCAUUACUGGUGUGUCGUUUUCGGUGAGUGCUAUGGAAAACAUGGAAGUUUCAACUGAUAUGCGGUCAAUAAAGGAUCUUGCCAACGACAAAUUGCUGAAGGAGGUGAAAGCUGAUGAUAUGACAUCUAGGGACUACUAUUUUGACUCUUAUGCUCACUUUGGCAUCCACGAGGAGAUGUUGAAAGACGAAGUGCGAACACUGACAUACAGGAACUCCAUGUAUCACAACAAGCACCUAUUUAAGGGCAAGGUAGUGUUGGACAUAGGCUGUGGGACCGGCAUAUUGUCCAUGUUUGCUGCAAAGUCUGGAGCUGCAAGGGUGAUUGGCAUUGAAUGCUCCAACAUUGUGGACUACGCAGUGCAGAUUGUGUCUGAUAACAACCUCCAGAAUGUGGUCACCAUAGUUAAAGGGAAGGUGGAGGAGGUGGAGCUGCCCGACGGCAUCAAGGAUGUGGACAUCAUCAUCUCGGAGUGGAUGGGCUAUUGCUUGUUCUACGAGUCAAUGCUGGACACAGUGCUGUACGCCCGCGACAAGUGGCUGAAGCCGGACGGCCUCCUCUUCCCGGACAGGGCGACACUCUUCAUCACUGGCAUAGAGGACCGGCAGUACAAGGACGAGAAGAUCAACUGGUGGGACGACGUGUACGGCUUCGACAUGCAGGCCAUCCGCAAGGUGGCCAUCAGCGAGCCUCUCGUUGACGUCGUCGACCCCAAACAGGUGGUGACCAACGCCUGCCUGCUCAAAGAGGUGGACCUGUACACCGUCAGGAAGGAGGACUUGGACUUCAGCGCAGAGUUUCACCUGCAGGUGCGUCGCAAUGACUACAUCCAGGCACUGGUCACCUUCUUCAACAUAGAGUUCACCAAGUGUCACAAGCGCAUCGGCUUCUCCACUGCACCGGAGGCCCCCUACACCCACUGGAAGCAAACGGUGUUCUACUUUGACGACUACCUGACGGUGAAGCGUGCGGAGGAGAUCCACGGCCGGUUCUGCAUGAGGCCCAACGCCCGCAACAACAGGGACCUUGACUUCACGAUAGAGCUGCAGUUUGAUGGCGAACUGAGCCAAGUGCAUGAGACUAACGUGUAUCGCAUGCGCUAGAACAUUUUGUACUUCCCAUUGGUCACCUCUUCCCAGUGAGGUUAGCAGGAGCCUCCGAUAGUCUAAGCAACAUGGUGUUACGUUGGUAACCAUUGUAUUUACAAUCUUCUCAUCAUUAGACGUAGCAGGAAUGCUAUCGUUAUUCAAUAGCAGGUUGUGCAGAGACUAUGCCAGGCUCUUGCGCGAGGUACCUCAAUACGUUCUGUUUAUUUGUGUUCUCCAGUCUUUUAUACGUUACUUGUAAAGUGUGUGAAAUGUUCUUCAGAAGUUUUUAACAGCUUUGUGAAUUUUGAAAUAAAUUUACAUUUAUCAAGGAGAUGCUUACAGUUACCCAUGUAUUUCUUGUGAUUCAUUUAGAUGUUAAUUGUGUAUUAAAUUUUAGACCAUGUGUAAUUUAGUGUCAUUUAAAAAUUAUCUGUACUUUGGUAUACAAUUUUUUUAUUUCAAAGUGCGUUGUAGAUUUUGGUUUGUAUUAUCCUAAAUGCAUUAUAUUGUUGUAGAAUAAUGAUUUUCAAGAAAUAGUUAUGAUAUUAUACAGAACCUCUUUACCAAUGAAGGAAUAAAUUGCUACUUGCAGUAUAUUUUAGCACUUAAAAAGUUUUUUGUGGUUAGGAAAAAAAACCUAAUUCAAUUAGGUACAGUGGAAUCUCACUACUACGAGUGCAGUCUAUUACAAGAUAUUAAAAAGGUGUGUGUAUUUCGUAAUACACCAUUAUAGUACAAACUAUAUUUAUGAGUGUUUCAGUAUUUCAAAAAAUAAGCGACAGUUCAAAGUUAUGAGAUAUUACUGUGCAGCUGUCAUUCACAAAGCAAAUUGAGAAUGAGAUUGCUGAAAAUGAAAAAGGGGGAGGGAGAGAGAGAGUGCAGCCUGUAUGGUUGGGAAAUUCCCAUUAAGGGCCCUGCUUGCGUGGACGCAUACAGUGUGCAGACUUCAGGGAAAACAACGCGAUUUGAAAACUACUCUAGAUAUCAGAGUGGGGUCUGUUUACGAAAAGUAUUUAAGAAUUAGCUGAGGACUAAUAAGUAGUUUAGAUUCUGGAUUAAGUUUUUAAACUGUUUUUUUGAUUAGAGUGAAAUUAGGUAAUAUGCAUGUUUUCAGAGAAUUUUUUAGGCAUAUAACAACCGGUACAGGUUUUUGGUAGCCCUUAAGGGACUUUCAUUACACCUUUAUUUUAAUUUCUCCACCAUCUAAUGUUACGGUCCCCGCUCAGAUAUCAUAGUUGUCCUAUGGACGACGAGAAGACUGCAUGACAGUACAGAGCCUAGAGGAGAUGCCUGCUAGAAACACCAGCAGGCGUCACUCUUAUCCCGCCUCACUAACACACAUACACCCCUGACGAGGCGGGCCCCUUAUCUAGGAAGAGUAAAAGGAUGAGUAGGGAAAGUAUAGGAAGAUGUGUUCUGAAAUAAUAUUGUGAUUUGCUUAUGGGAAAUUUCCGCAGCCUACUCUCUCUGCAUUAAAACAUUACAUCAGCAGAUUUGUCUUGUUUUCUCUAGUGCUUAGGUUCAGCUGAACAUGUAGUUUUUAAAUAAGGGUGUUUUCAGAGUUGAUAGUAAAGGUUCAAAACUUCUAGUGCAUGCAGAGGGCUGGCACAGCAUCGUGGUGAGAUCACAAAGGGAGGGUAGGUCGUAGGAAAGAUUGUUGGGAUGGUGCGGUGGUAUCCCCUGCCUUGCAGCUCUUGGCUCCAUGCAAGUCCUUUAUCUGUGUAUCAGGCUAUCAGGCUGUGUUGCCAUGGUGUUGCCACUGUGUGCAGAGUCCAGAAGGUGCUUGCUAUCACAGUCUCUCUUUUUAACACUUCUACAUAAUAUUUGCAUUAUGGUUGUCACUUAAAAUAUAUAACUUCAAUAUUUGUACAGUUACAGAAUUAUAAAAGCUCAGUAUCUUAGGGAGAAAAAAAACUUUGUAGAAAGCAGUUAUUUGCCAAUAAAAUCAAAAAGGUUUGAUACAUAACAAUUAGUAGUUUGUUUUAUUCAGAAUAUGGUUUGCGACUAUUUUUGUUCUCUGUGAUGCACAGUUUUAGGCUAAUAGUGUGGUUGGGCCUUUAUUUUUGUUAUUGCGUGUACUCCUUGCUAAAAGAAUAUCUUGUGUAAUUGUCAGCUCUCGUAGUAAAGAUUCAUUGUACUGAAGAUGAUUAGUAGGUUUUAAUUUUACUCUCAUUUAUUUGCCCUUUGUUUUUUGAUGCGAAACAUCUUAGCUCUCUGUAUAUGGUAUUUGGUGGGAGUAAUUUGUGAAUGCAACAGAAGUGCAGGAACAUAAAUGUGUAACAGCCAGGGUGCUGCCAUCUAUGGUGGAUGGCAUAAACCAAAGUUCAUGAAGACAAAGGUAAACUUAGAAUAUAAACUGUUUCAUGAAUUUUAACAAGCUGGGCAGUAUUUUAAUAAAAUUCCUUGUUGAAAGUCAAGUCCAAAGUAAAGGUUCAGUAUUUGUUCAAGUCUUUUUCACUUUUAUUGGAGCUGUAUCAUUAUAUGAUUUAAAAUUUUGGUCUGCUAAUCAAAUGAUUCAAUAGUCGGCAGCGAAUUUUAGCAGCGGGAGCAGAAACAUGUGAUUUACGUCCAGAAAUACAGUUGAAAACACAAUUUGCGCAUAUUUAUCAUGCUCAGCAUUAUUUUAAAGAAUUCUUCAUUACUUUUUGAGUCAGAGGCCCAAGUUUUGUAUUAUAAGUGUGUUUGCAACAUGAGAACAUAAUGAAUUUGCUCAUUACCGAGGUUAGAUGUGACACAUUGUAGUUUUCACCAAUACCCACAUUUUGUCUUGGUAUCUCUUAUUCAGAUGAGAUCCAAGCCAGUUAUUCACUAGCUACAAAGCUAUCAUGUCAUAAAAUGUGUGCAGGACUUACAAUAAGUACAAGUAAGUAGUGGAGCAAAGAUGGAGCUUUAAUUUUUUGUACCAGAUGUUAAAUUUCUUUAGAAGUAAUGUUGGUAGAUGAUCCCAGAUGUAGCUGCCACUACAGCAGUUGAAUUUUUGAGAAAAAAUGUACAUAUUUUUUUUCACUUGUGCAGAUUAGAGGUAGUCUAAAAAAAACUCAAUUUUUUUUUUUUUUUUUUUUUUUGAAAAGCAGUAUUCAAUGAACUUGUAAACAAUAAAUUUUUUUGUGAAACUUA